AUGUCCACGCUCCACGCGGCCCCUGCUCGUGACGUUUUCGAUAUCCACAAGUCGGCUUCUCUACAGCCUUCUCUCGCGAGGCCUUCGAGACACCAGGAUGAGGACCGAGGGGGCACAGAUUCGGAUGCCCCAGGCGAUCGGCGUCGAGAAGAGAGUGACAAUGAGGAGGAAGAGGAUGUUGACGAUUCGGUCAAAGAAGACAUGAAGAGGCUCGAGGAUACCUUUCCGGGUAUCUCUGAUCACUUCAGACUAGUGAACAGGAUUGGCGAGGGGACUUUCUCCACGGUCUACAAAGCAGAAGAUCUAUUAUAUGACGACUACCGGAACGAUUGGGAUAUGUUUCAAGAAAAUCAACAAGCAACAUGGGCCAGUCCCCCGUCAAAGCGUCGCCGAGUCGAAGGAGAAAAUGGUUCACUAGCGGUCAAACGACGAAAACCCCGUUAUGUUGCGCUCAAGAAAAUCUACGUGACAAGCAGCCCGCAUCGCAUUCAGAACGAACUCGAACUUCUGCACGAUCUCCGAGGAUGUCGAUCCGUGUGUCCUCUUAUUACAGCCUUCCGUCACCAAGACCAGGUCGUGGCGGUCUUGCCCUUCUUUCCUCAUACCGACUUCCGCAUCCAAUAUCGCACCUUUCUAGUUGCGGACAUGCGUCAUUACUUCCGGUCCUUGUUUACCGCGCUACACUCGGUCCAUAAACACAAUAUCCUUCAUCGAGACAUCAAGCCAACCAACUUCCUGUAUAAUCCAGACCUUCGGGAGGGUGUUCUGGUUGACUUUGGUCUCGCAGAGCGGGAGGGAUCCGAGUACACGGGCACCUGUUUGUGUGCCAGCCCGGGAUAUGUUCGACGUGGUCGGCUCAUGCAAAGUUACCACUAUACCCACUGCUCGCCCACAACACCAUCGGCAGGCUAUCCCAAGAACGACUCCAGACCCUCCAGACGGGCCAACCGAGCAGGGACGCGAGGUUUCCGGGCUCCUGAAGUUCUCUUUAAGUGUACCUCUCAGACGACGAAAAUCGACAUGUGGUCCGCAGGGGUUAUUCUUCUCACCUUACUUGGACGCCGGUUUCCCUUCUUCAACUCUGCGGAUGAUGUGGACGCAAUGAUCGAGAUGGCAAGCAUAUUUGGAACCCGUCGUAUGCGAUCUGCGGCGGCCAUGCAUGGGCAGAUAUUUGAGACCAAUAUCCCAACGAUUGGAGAGAAAGGAUACAGCUGGGAAAAGCUCGUGAAGUGGGCCAGCUGCGUGGAAGAAUUGACCGAGAGCGAGAAACAGGCUACGCGUCUCUUGAACGGCCUCAUGGAGCUCGAUCCACACAAGCGUUUGAGCGCCAAAGAGGCUCUGAAUCACGAGUUCUUUACUGAUCCCAUCGACCAUGAUGUGGAAUGGGGCGGUCUCCCUGACGACAGUGGAGAGAACACCGGGGAGGAAGAUGAUGGGGAUAAGGAAGAUGACGAAGCUGAUGAGGUUGCGAUGAUUUGA